AUGUCAUCUCCCGAACAACUCCAACUAAUUCUCGAACCUCAAUCUAAAGUCUAUUUCGAUCCAAUAAUAGUUCUCGAUUUUCAAUCACUUUAUCCAUCAAUGGUUAUUGCUUAUAAUUAUUGUUAUUCAACAAUUCUUGGAAAAUUGGCAUAUUUAAAUGAUAUGAAAAAUCCCGAAAAUUAUGAAGAAAUUGUCUUAGGAGCUAUGAAAUAUCAAGUUAAUGUAAGUUUAGAAUGUUUAACUUGAUCAAUUUGGCCAAAUAAAAAUUUCCUAGAAUAAAAUUGAUCCAAAAAUCCCGAUUUAUUCUAGAAAGACGACCUUGUUAAUCAAGUUGCUUAUAAAAAUAUCCACGUUUCACCGUUGGCUUCAGUUUUUGUUAAAAAAUCAACUAGAGAAGGUGUUUUGCCACUUCUUUUACGAGAAAUUUUGGCUUGUCGAAUAAUGGUGAAAAAUGCGAUGAAAAGAACGACGAGUAAAAAAAGGAAGAGAAUUUUGGAUGCGAGACAAUUGGCGUUGAAAUUGGUGGCAAAUGUUAGUUAUGGAUAUACGGCGGCAAAUUGGAGUGGUAGAAUGCCGUGUGCUGAAGGAAAGGAGUUUUGGGAGUUUCUUUGGGAAGAUUUUCAGAAUUUUAAAAAAUUCGCCAAUCUGUUGUUCAAAAAAUUACAUUACUUUUCAAAAAAAAAUUAUUUCACAAAUGAGAUUUAUUGAGGAAAGCAAAUAAUUUUUAUUCAAAAAAUAACACGUUCUGAACAGGCUCCACUAGUCCCAAAAAUUCCCUUUUUCCAGUAGCUGAUGCGAUUCUUGGAAAAGGACGUGAAACUCUCGAAAGAGCAAUUGAAAUGGUCCAAAAAGGCGAUUAUUCUGGAGCUGAAGUGAUUUAUGGAGACACUGAUAGUUUAUUUGUUUUGGUCAAAAAUGCGAAUCUCGAAAAAGCCUUUGAAAUUGGUCGAAAAAUUGCGGAAGAUGUGACAAAUUCGAAUCCCGAUCCAGUUGUUCUAAAACUCGAAAAAGUAUAUUUGGGAUGUGUUUUAGAAACGAAAAAAAGAUAUGCUGGUUGGAUGUUUGAACAUGAAAAAGAUCAAGGAAAAUUGGAUGCAAAAGGAAUUGAAACAGUUCGAAGAGAUACUUGUCCAAUUGUGGCUGAUGUUCUCGAAAAAUCAUUGGAAUUGAUUUUUGCACAAAAAUGGCAAGAAUUUGGAAAAUAUUUGAAUCGAAUUGUUGAUUUGAUGAAUUCGGGAAAUAUGAGAAUUGGAAAAUUUGUGUUUUGUAAAGAAUAUCGAGGUGGAUAUUCGAAUAAAGCGAUGGUUCCGCAGAAAAAAAUUGCUGAGUUAGUUGAAGUUUUGGAGGGGGAAUAGAAAAGUAUUUUAAAAUUGAAAUAUUUUCUGAUUUUCAAGCUUCAAAUUUUUAAAAAUUUAUCUGCAAAAUUUGUAAUUCUGAUUUUUUCAAAAAAUAAGAAGAAAACCAAAUCUGAAAUCAUGAAUUUUUGCUCGGAAAAUGAGGAUUUGUAAAACUGGAAAGUUUUCCAGAUUCACAAAUCUUCAAAUUGUUCUCAAAUUUCAAUCGAAAAAAAAUUCCAGAGAAUUUUAGGUUUCAAAUGAAUUUGAAAUGUUUAGGAGAAAAAUUUGAGUGUUCAACUUCUGAAAUUCAUUUUUCGAAAAAAAAGAUUUUGUAUUUUGUGAACAACAUUGAAAUUUAACCGGAACUUUGAAUGGAAAUCUUUGUAAUUGAAAAAAGGAGAACUUUGAGUUCCCCAUCAGAACUUCCUCUAAAAAUCCCUCUUUAUCUUCUAGAAAACGCGUCGAAAAAUGUCGUUUCAACGCAGUUCUUUCUGGCGAACGUAUUCCUUAUGUAAUUGUUGAUGGUCCUCCCGGUUCAACUGUUUAUUCGUGUGUUAGAAGUUUGCGAGAAUUUGCUACAAAUCCGAAACUUCGAAUCAAUUUGCAAUAUUAUCUGCAGAGUCAUAUUUUGGCGGCAUUGAGAAGAGUUACAGAUUUGUUACCGACGGAAAUCAAAUUGUUGCCAUUGGCAUCGAAACAAUGUUUCAAGUUAGUUUGCAUUUUGGAAGGGAGGGGGUGUAACUUUUUAAAAAUUGUUUUCAAGAAUUUAGGGGCUAGUUGUAAGAAGCUCCCAAGGUAAGAGUCCAGAAAAAAGAACGAAAACAUUUCUGCGGGUAUUUCACAUUCUGAUUUUCCUAUAAAUUUUCAACAAGGAACUUUUGCAUGCAAAAAUUCCCAUGAAAAUUUCAUAAAUUCUCAAUUUUCACAUCACAUUUGAUAAUCAAAUCAAAUCAAUUAACUUUUUUCCCAUAAAACUUCACUCUCUUGUUCCGAAAUCGAAAUUCGUUCCGAAAAUGUCGAAAUUCCUCUCUAUCCUCGUUUUUGUCGCUCUUCUCGCUUUCUGUUUUGCCAAUCAAGUUUGCCACGUUCAAUCUGAUUGCGCAAGUCCAUUAACUUGUGUAAAAGAACCAGAAGAUGUUACUGGAUUCUGUGUCAAAGUUGGAAGACGUUUAUUCAGCAAUUUCUUUUAAUUCAGUAAAUAACUAAUUGAUUUGUGAAUAAAAUUUCAUUGCAGAAAUCUUUUAUCAUUAAAAAACUAUGGCGUGGCGAAAUAAUUAAUUUAUUUAUUUUCACAAGGAUAUUCUCUAGCUUUUGCCAAUUCCUUAUAAGUUUCAUCAACUUCCAAUUGUAGUUUUCUGUCAUCAAUUGUCACAUACAUUUGUAAAAAUUGGACCAUUUCAUAAGUAUGAAGAAAAUGAAAUGAAUUCAGAAUUGUUUCUCUUUCAAAUGUCACAACAUCAUGAAUUAUUGGUUUUUUGAAUGGACCUUUUGUGAAAUUCGAUCUACUAUUUUUGUGAUAAACACUCUUUGAAAUUGUUUGAUCACAAAAUUUUGUUUGGAAAUAUUCUCCGUAAAUAUGUAUGAAUUGUUUUUCGUAUGCAUUUUCGGAAUAAUGAUAAUAGAUUUGAGCAUUUCGAAUAUAUUGAUAUGCUCGAUCAAAUGCUUCUUGAUUUUUCGUAUAUAAAUCAGUUGAAUCUUCAGUACAAUUCAAAUCAAUUAUGCUCUGAUGAACUUCUGAAUUUCCAAAUCUUGAAUCAAAUAUUGAUCCACUAUGAUACCCAUUUGAUGUUAUUGCUUCAACAUAUAAAGCAUCACGAUUAUUGUUGUAAUAUGCAUUGAGAAUUCGAACAUCUUCCGAAAAUUUUUGACAAAAAUCAAUUGGUGAACAAUUUUUGACUCGUUCACAUUGAGUUUUGAAGUUUCUUGUAUUCAAAAUCGCAAUUUUCGCGAAGUUCCGUGUUUUAAUAUCUCCAUAUAUUAAUUCGGAAAAAUUUGAUGACGUGGAGGAAAAUUUGAUAAGCAAUGUUAUGAAGAAGAAUAGUCGGAAAAACAUUUGGGAAAAAUUGAAAAAUGUUUGUCUAAAUGUCUGGGCAUAGUCAAAAUUAUGGCAUAAAAAUUGAAUAUAGCUUUUUUGUUUUGAAAAAUUUGGUUUUUCUCUAAUUCCUGCAAAUUUCCAAGUCCACGUAUAUAAAAUUGCAAAUAUUUCGAUAAUCAAAUCAUGAAAGCAUAUAAGAAAUCAAUUCCUCUCCAAAAAUAUUCAAAGAAAAAAUGUUGAAAUUUCUUGUUGUUUUAUUCCUUACUUUUUCAUCGAUUCUGGCACAACAUUGUUCAAGUGUUUUGGAUUGCCCACCAAAUAAUGUUUGUCAUCGAGAUGAGCCAAAUGAUCGUUUAGGAGUAUGUGUUGAUUUGCCAAAAUAUUGAAUUUUUGUUGACAAAAUAAUAAAGUUUUCAUCGCAUCCUCGAAAUAUUACUUCUGUUCGGAAAAUUAAUUUUUCACGAAUUCUCAAAGUUUGUCUGCAAAAGAAAUUUUCAGAAAAGAAACUUUGUACAUGUUUGGAACAUUUUUAAGAAGUGAAUUUUUUGGAAUUAGCAGCUUUUCAGGGCCAAAUCUAUAGAUUUUCCGAACUUUAAAAGCUUAAGGUCUUCUGGUUCUAAUAUUAUGUUUCUGAAAACAUAUCAAAGUUCUCAGCCGUUUCCGAAAAAAUAGUUCGGGUCGUGCAAAAUUAAUUCCAGAUUCCGUAUUUGCAGAUUCCUUUUUCUGAAAAAUAAAUUCUGGAGUGAAAAUAAUCAUUUUAUUAUCAAGAUUCAAAUAACUUUCAAUUAAAAAUGAAAUGUCUUCCAGCUCUUGUAGUUGGCGGUGUCGCCUUUUUUGUCCAAUAAAAACAUUGAUGAACUUCAUAAGCACAGCCUCCUCCUUCGCCACAAUCACUAUCCAUACUGCAUCCGAAACUGAGAGAAAUAAUCGAGAGAAAAACGAAAAGCGACAACCACAUUUUGAUGGGAGAAAUGUGAUUGCAAAUAGUGUGUUAUAUGUUGAUGCUUGUACAUGAUUCGAAUUUGUUGAAUUGAAAGAUUAGAAAAUCAGGAAUGUUUGCAAGCAAACGUUCAGAAGAUCAAAAAUAGUUUUUGAGAAUAUUCGGAUAUGUUUAUGGUUGAAAAAUCAAUUUUCUUCUGAAAAUUUGGGAAUUCAUACAAAAGAUUUUCCUAAAGAUUUUCCUUUUUUCAUUAAAUUGCAAAUAAAAUUCAAAAUACAGAAAUCUUCCAGAAUCUUUUUUUCAAUAUUCAUCUUCUAUAUUUUCAAAUGAAUUUUUCACAUUCCCAAUAAAUCAAUUUUUUUGUUUUUGGUUCUCCAUAAAAAUCACAUUAUUUUCAUCAUAAUUUUCCAACAGAAUGUUCUCGAAACUUUCUUUUGUUUUCUUCUUUUUCUUCACAAUUGUUGCCCAGAUUUUGGCAAUUCAAAAAUGUUCAGAUGAUUUCGAUUGUCCUCAAUCUAAUAUUUGCUAUUUUGAACAAAAAAGUGAUCAAGUUGGAAAAUGUGUGGCGAUUGGAAAAUAAUUGAUGAGAACUUCUCAUUUCUCUGAAGAAAUAAAAUGUUAAAUAUUUGAAAAUUGGGGUUUUGUGUGAAAAAAUACCCCCCGAAAUAUAAAUAUUCACAAUUUUGCAGUCUUGAUUGCACCCGAAUUGGCCAAACACCGUGGUGUAUAAAAUGUGAUAAAAAUGGAGAUGAAUUGGUUGGAGCAAUGGUACAAUUAUCACGUCAUCAAAAAGCACGCGCAAAAAUUCGUCGAACUUGUCAAUCGUGUCAAUCUUGCAGUUCGAAUUUGGCCGAAAAACAAAUUGAAGAAUGCGCUAAUUUUUCGUGUCUUUUGAAACAAACUUGGUCAAUGAUGAAUCGAGCAGAAAUGGAAAAAGUUGUCGAAAAUCAUAAAUUGUAUUAA